CACACACACACACACACAUGCUCUCUGUCUCUCUCUCUCUCUCUCACACACACACACACACACAAAAAAGGUGUCUUCCAUUACAAGCCUCCAAAAGAACAGGCGGCGAGCGUGCAAGUAACUGAAAGACAGUGAGAGAAAGACAGAGAGAAGAAGAGCUGUAAUAGAAAGCCAGCUAGAGGGGCUGCUGGACAGAGCGUGAGGAGAGAUUCUGAGAGAUCCAAGCAAAAAGGAGGGAGACUGAGAGAGAGGGGGUGGGAGAGAGAGACAGAGAAAGAGAGAGGGAGAGAGAGAAAGAGAGAGACGGCUUGCCGAUUGCUCUCCCUGGUUUGUGUGCAGCAAUGGAAGCCAUGGCGUCGGAACCAGGCACCCAGUCCAGGGUGAUGUUUCAGACCAAAGAGGAGGAGCCCCCCCAUCGCAAGCUGGGCAAACUAACAGUGAAAUACGACCGUAAAGACCUCCAGAGGAGAUUGGACAUUGAGGAGUGGAUCGACGGGCAGCUGCACCUGCUUUAUGACUGUGAGGAGGAAGAGAUUCCUGAGCUAGAGAUUGACAUUGAUGAACUUCUGGAGCUCUCAGAUGAAGAACAGAGAACCAGACUACAUGAGCUUUUGCAAGAAUGUGGAAAGCCAAAAGAGGAUUUUAUCAACGGGUUACUUUAUCGGAUGAAGGGCCUGCGCAAGAUGUCAGGGCCCCUCAAGAAAUAGUCCUAGGUCAAAAUCCACAAGGAAGCUAAAGUGAAAAACAGUAUGUCCAUAUUCACCUGUAUAGAGUUGAACAUCUGUCAAUGGAAUUAUGUAAAAACACUGAAUUUUCCCUUGACAAAAUUCAAGGGAGCUGUCCAUAAAUAUCAUUUUUUUUAAAAAAAAAUAUUAUUCAUGUACAUUUCUGACACUUCUUCCAGCAGACAUAUGGUUGCAUCAUAGAUAAAAUUGUACUGUCUAUUACUCAAUAUUUUUGUGACUUGUAAAUUUUUGGUUGCCUAUUUAUAUGUUUUUGUUCUGAAAAGCACUGUAUGUGAUCAUAAAGAAUACCUUUUCAAGUGUAGACUGUUGGUGAUCUUUAACUAUGUUGUGAAAUGUUUUCCUCUUGGUUUCGUAAUUAACUGUUAAAUGCCACAGUUUGGUUUAGCUGAAUGAAAUGAAUCAUUCACGCAACUCUACACCAAGUUUGUGAGGAUGUAGUUUCAUUUACAUAUAAAGGAAGCUAGUUGUUAAUUUAAAAUGACCAACCAAACAUCUUGCAUCUUGCUUCAACAUGGAUUGAAAAUGUGUUAAAGGUGCAAUUGCUGAUUUUUUUUUUUUAUUGUUGGUUUUUUUACUUGUACAAAAAACCUGGAAGAUAUGAUCAUGGGAAAAAGAAAGUACAUCCCUCUUCAAUUAUAUGUUUCUAUUUAUCAGGGCCUAAAUAACAAUUGUGUGGUCUUCACCAAUUUCUAUAAACAAACAAAUAACCUCAGGUGACAACAACAACAAAAAAAACAGAACAGAUUUCAAUAUGUAGUCAUUUUUCCCAAAACGUAAACCAGCAGGUAGGAAAAUAUAACUACACACUGUAAUUCAGUAACAUGUAGAACAAUCUUUAGCAACAAUAACUUGAAGUAAAUGUUUUCUGUAGGAGUUUAUCAGUCUCUCACAUUGUUUUGGAGAAAUUUUUACCCAUUCUUCUUCACAACAUUACUUCAGUUCAUUGGUGUUUGAGGGCAUUUGUUUAUGCCGAGCUCUCUUAAGAUCCUGCCGCAGCAAUGGGGUUGAGUUCUGGACUUUGACUUGGCCUUACAACGUCUUGUAGUACUGAGUACUACAAGACCAGCACCCACUUAUCUCAAAGCACUUAUCACACCUCGCACGGCACCACGCUCCCUCCGAUCCUCUAGCACUGCUCGACUGGUCCCACCAUCUGUCAGGGAACAAGGAAGGCAUGCAUUGAGACUCUUCUCUGUUCUGGCACCAAGGUGGUGGAAUGAACUUCCCCUAGAUGUCUGAACAGAUGGGUCACUGGCAAACGAUGUCUAAAGACUUACCUCUUCCUAAAGUACUUAAGUACUUAAGCACUUACAAACCCAAACCCUAAAAUGUAAAUGUAAAUGUCUUGAGUUUAGCUAUUCAAAUGUCAAUUUGCUGCUGUGCUUGGGAUCAUUGUCCUGUUGCAUGACCCAAUUUCAGCCCAGCUUAAGCUGCUGGACAGAUGGCCUCACAUUUGUCUCAAGAAUAUUCUGGUAUAAAGUGGAGUUCAUCAUUAUCACAGUACACUGGUGUUCCAUUCCACCUGCAGAAUGUAAAUCGUCUUAUCGGAAAUUUUUGAUCAGUAUAAACAAAUGAAUAAUUUUUUGGCGCGAGUCUGUUAUAAGAUUAGUCAGGAUACUGUUGGGUUUCUGUGUGUAAAGUAUCAUGCCUCUGUGUCUAGCUGCUGGGGAGCAGGGUGAUGGGAAAGGGAGGGGUGUGAGCCCCUUGCUGGGGAAACAAUUCAUACCUCUCCACAAUAACGCUCGUACUAAAUAAAACAGAUAGCAACUAAAGCUCUUUUUUUUGAUAGUAAAACACUAUAUACAACUGGCACAAUAAAAUGAUAACAUGUAAACCUAGUAGGCUAGGCAAAAAAAAAAAAGAAAUAAUUAUGAGAAACUGCAAUUUCCUAAAGUCCUGACUGUCUACUUUCAUAUGAGCCAUUAACCUCUUCUGUGGAGUGUGACAUCACAAAUUCAAUGCUGAACAGAGGCACCCCCAAAACAGGUGGAAAUUCAAUUUUUUGGCCUCUGGUAAAAAGAGUUAAUGACUGCAAGUUUCCCAGGAACUUUGGCUGCAAAACAAGCCAAAACCAAAUCAUCACUCCUCCACCACCAUGCUUGACAGUUGGUAUGAGGUGUUUGUGGUGAUACACUGUGUUUGAUUUUCCCCAAACAUGGCACGGUGCAUGAUAAGCAAACAUCUCCACCUUGGUCCCAUCAGUCCUAAGGAUAUUGUUCCAGAACUUUUGUGGUUUGUUCAGAUGCAAUUUUGCAAACCUAAGUCAUGCUGCCAUAUUCAUUUUGGACAGAAGGGACUUAUUCCUAGGCACAAAGAAUUGCUUCUCUGAGGUCAUGGCUGAUGUCCUUUCUUCUUGGCAUGAUGUAGACACAUACCUGAGUGCUCCAAACUGCCAAAAGUUCUGCUUUUAUAGAGGUAGUCACACUUCUUGAUGAUUCUUCUUGUGCAUUUCAUUAGUAACACCUGGCUGCUAAUUACUCUCUUAAUAACUGUGGAAGUAGGAAGGGUGUACUUAGUUUCUCCCACCUGGUUUCUGAUUUUUUUUUUUAAGGAAAAAAUGAAUACAUAUUGAAGUCUAUUGUGUUUUGUGUCACCUGAGGUUAUUUGUUUGUUUAUAGAGGUUGGUGAGGUGCAAACAAUUGUUAUUUAAUAGAUAAAUAAAAGAAUACAGUUGAUGGAGGGUGUACUUUCUUUUUCCCAUGACUAUAUGCAGAACAUGAUAAAAAAACAACAAUGCAUUAAGCCAUGGCCUUAGCAAGAAAACCUGUAUAGAAAACUGACUUUCAGUCCAGAAUGUCAGAAUGUUUGUGUUUGGAUGUGCUUCCUGUCAGUCAUUUUAUAAAUAUUCUACUCUAUGAACUUCGUGAA